AUGCGUCAAAUUGGAGAUGAUCAGAACUGUUUCAGAGAAACUUUAAAGCGUAUGGCUCUAGGCCAAUUAACUCUAUCUGACUAUGAAUUGCUUAAAACACGAUUUUCAUCAAACAACGUUGCUACAGUAAAAAGUUUCACAAGCGCAAUUCGAAUAAAAGCAAGGAAAGACGCCGUACAUCAAUACAAUCAACUCAUGUUACGGUCUUCAAACAAGCCUGUUGCUUUAAUAAAAGCAAAACAUAACAACUUAACAGCAUGUGGUGCAUCAGAGGAUGAAGCCCAAGGACUACAAGCAACUCUGCAGCUAUCUCAAGGUUGUCGCGUAAUACUACGCCAAAACAUCUGGACCUCCCAAGGCUUGUGCAACGGCAGUCUGGGGAAUGUUGUUGAUAUUGUCUAUGGACCGAAUAGAUCGAUGGACGACUUUCCAAUUUGUAUUUUGGUCCAUUUUGAUGGAUACGAAGGUCCAACUUUUAAUGGCUCUCUUCCGAUAUUACCACUCACUGUUGGAUACCGAAAAAACAACGUGUCCUGUACAAGAAGACAGUUUCCCUUGCAAGUUGCCUAUGGUAUUACUGUCCAUAAGGCUCAGGGAAUGACAGUUGACAAAGCAGUAGUUGACAUUGGUACGACAGAGUUUGCCCUGGGUCUUACGUAUGUUGCAAUGUCACGGGUUCGGUCCAUCGAAGGACUUAUAAUUGAACCAGGCUUUUCUCAAGACCGCCUUCUCAAGUGUAUCAACAAUAAUGCGGGUUGGGAAACUAAACGUAGAGAACUGGCACGUCUGCGUUCACUUAUACAGCAAUGA